AUGGAGAGCAUAGCAAAAAUACCGAAUCUUCAACUAGCCCAAGCUCGAUUCAUAUGGGCUCAUCCAGCUGCCUCUACCGAAUUAAAAGAUCAUGCAAGGAAUUUAUUAGACGCUUCCAUCAAAGAAGCCAACAUGUCACAUCUAUAUCAAUCACUGACUGAACAAUUCCACACUCAACUACCCAAAAACAACGAUCUCCUCACGAAAAUGCAAACUGCCAAUGACACUGAAUUGGCCAAACUGGAAGAACGAUUAGAUGAUGCUUCAAAGAAUCUAGGAGAAACUGAAAUCAGUGAUGCUUUGAUCGCUAAAGCUGAAUUUCUAACUAAAAUCGGUGACAAGGAACGAGCAUUAACAGCAUACAGAGCUGCAUACGACAAGACUGGUCCUCUAGGUGCUCGUAUCGAUAUGGUCUUUACUCAGAUUAGAAUAGGCUUCUUUUACAAUGAUACGGAUCUUAUUACUCGUAAUAUUGAGAAAGUCAAGAGUCUGAUUGAAGAAGGCGGAGACUGGGAUCGUCGAAACAGACUGAAAGUCUACGAAGGAAUACAUAGAAUGUCUGUUCGAGAUUUCAAGGGUGCUGUAAACCUCUUGUUGGAUUCAUUGGCUACCUUCACAUCCACUGAAUUGAUGGAGUACAAGGAUUUCGUAAAGUAUACAGUCUUGACUGCUACUAUUACUCUACCAAGACCUGAACUCAAGAAGAAGGUCAUCAACGCUCCUGAAGUAUUGGAAGUAAUACACGAAAUUCCUCACUUGCAGGAUUACGUCAAUUCACUCUACAAGGGUGAAUAUGAUGUGUUUUUCAAAUGUUUGGCUGCUAUUGAGCAAGAUUUGAAAAUGGAUCGAUGGACUUUUGAUCACUAUCAAUACUAUGUCCGUGAAAUGCAAAUCAUUGCGUACUCUCAGCUCUUGGAAUCAUACAGAUCAGUCACUAUAUCAUCUGUUGCUGAUCAUUUCGGAGUAUCUGAAGAUUGCAUUGAUCACCACCUCUCAUCAUUCAUUGCUUCAGGACGAUUGAAUGCGGUCAUUGACAAAGUGACUGGUAUUGUUGAAACCAAUCGUCCUGAUGCCAAGAAUGCUCAAUAUCAAUCUGCAAUCAAACAGGGAGAUUUAUUGCUCAAUCGCAUACAAAAGCUCAGUAGAGUCAUUGCCCUGUAA